AUGUCGGUCAAUGCUGAUACAAGCCUGGGAGGAGGCAGCAGGAGGCAGGCUAAUCGCUAUGAGCUUGCCGCUUUGACGAGAGUCGUGGCAGCGGUACCCAAGACAGAUUCACGAUGGGGGUUCCGUUCCGGUGCUCGGGACAAGAUAUUGAGACAUUCAGGUGUGGACUUCAUCCAUGCUCCCUACUCUAACGCGGAGUUGAAUCGGCUUGAGGAAGCUGUAGAGGAUACACGGGCGAGUCUUGGCUGGGAUGAGGACAAGACUUGGAAGUACAUUCGGGAGAGUGCUGGUCGUAAUAACCAGGAGAAGUUCUGGCCGACACUGUUUGCCAAGGCAAGGCUACCUCAUAGGAGUUGUGAGAGUAUGCAGCAGACGAUAAGGAGACAUCUGGUCCCGGAUAAGUACUAUAGGGAUAAUAGGAGGCUUACUGAGGAGGAGAAGAAGCUGUUGGCCGAAGUGCAGCGUGGGGAAGUGAAGAUGUCUUUGGCUGAGUUGUCGGAGAUGAUGGAGUUGCCCAAGUAUGUGAUUGAUGAUUACAUGGGCAUCCUUAGGAGAGGGUUCAACCAAGGUGUAUCCUCUCGGUCGGUGGAGGAGGAGGAAGAGAGGGUGGGUCUUCCUCCUUUUAAGGAGAGGUCUCGAUGGCUUUGUGCAGCGCUUGUUAAGGUCUAUGGUGUAGCCUUUCCAUUCCAUCUCGAGCCUGAUCCGAUUAAGACACCCGAGCUAGUGAAGGUAUACAAGAAGAUAGCACAGGCUAAUUACCCGGACACGCCAUUGGUAGAGAGCAUAUGUAAUCCGAGGCAAUUUAAUAACGGCUUCCGAGCGGCGAUAAAGAAGGCGAAUAAAUACGCCUGGGAUAAGCUCAACAACAAGGACGCCUACUGCCAGCAUAUUGUUCGACGGCUGGCUGACGCUACCGAGGGCAAGCUUAAGUCCCUUGAUGGUAGCAUAAACCCCUUUCCGGCCCUCAUAUUAGAGCAAGUACCAUGGAGGCUAGUGGCACCGUGUUGGAACGGGGAAGCAGCUAAGGACUUCUUCAAAACGGUGCUCAUAGAGAAGCUAACCAGAAAGUCCUCGAGUGACAUACCCUUUGACAAGUUGAUUGAUGAGCUAUGGGAUGCCUGGCAGCUGUCGGAGGAGGAGAGUGUUGAGGAAAAACAAUCGGCUGAGGAGUACGAGCGACAUGUCAGGACCUUCAUCGCGGCAGUAGCGGUGUCGGUGGAGAAGUCACUUAGAGGGAAGGUGCCGAAAUCAUAUCAGCUGGAUGAGGUCCCUGAAGUGGAGGGUUGGAGUAGAGCUGCCAAGACAAGGGAGAGGAAAGGGAACAAGAGGCGGGUUCUUGAGGAGGAAGCAGCUGCUCCUAACACAGUUGUGUUGGAGCCUUCAGAAGGAUCGGGGGGCGAUGCAAGGGCCACAGUUGAGGUUGAAUCGGUGGAGGAGAAGUCGCAAGAAGGAACUAAACACGAAGAGCCUGCCGCGGGCAGUGUCUCGCAGUUCAGUAAGGAGGAAAGAUGCCGGUUGUUGGCCCUCGCCUUGAUAGACCAAUAUGGUGUGGAUUUCGAGUUCCCUCAUGACGAUGAUGUGGCCGCCCUCGAGAGUAUUCGCAGCCGGUUCGAGCGGUACCUCGGUCUACGAGGAGUCUAUUGCAAGGUGGAGAGAGCUGAAGUAGUUUCCCUUCUUAAGCACAUCAUCCGGCAGGGCACUCGGGCGGCAUGGGACGCUUUGGAGCACUGGGAGGCAUUUUCACGUUAUCUCAUCCGAAGAGUCCAUGCGGCUGUUCACGGCACUCUUCGUGAUAAGAGGACAGGCAAGGCCCUGGCAAGGCCUGCGAGCCGUGAGGAGAUACCAUGGAAGCACAUCGCACCGUGUUGGAAUCCAAAAGGGAUCAGGAGCGUCUUUGCGGAUAGUGUUAUGCCAGUGCUUAACGAGGAGGACGUCGGGAGUAUGUCCCUGGACGGGGUCGUGGAUAGCCUGUGGGAGGCUUGGGAGCUUCCUGCCAGCGAUGGAGGGGAGGAAGCUGAGGCGUACAUCGAGUUUGAGAAGGCGGUCAGGGAGCACUUCAUUUCCUUGGCUGCUGCGGCGGAUCCGACUGUUAGGGCACGAAUAUCCAAGAAGACACCGGCUGAGGUUCAAGAGAAGAGGCAAGCACGUAGCUCUGAGAAGGGGUCGGUCCGUAGCUCUGAGAAUGGGCCGGUCCGAAGCUCUAAGAAUGGGCCGGUCCGUAGCUCUGAGAAUGGGCCGGUCCGUAGCUCUGAGAAGGGGCCGGUCCGAAGCUCUGAGAAUGGGCCGGUCCGUAGCUCUGAGAAGGGGCCGGUCCGUAGCUCUGAGAAGGGGCCGGUCCGAAGCUCUGAGAAGGGGCCGGUCCGUAGCUCUGAGAAGGCAGCGAGACGGAUGUCAGAGAAGGGGCCUGAAGUAGCAGCAACAGCAGCCCCUUCGAGGAAACGGUUGUCUGAUCUGCUCAAGGGCGCCGCCAAGCAUGCCUCGAAGCGUCGCAAGGUCCCGCAUUAACGUCCAGAUAGUACAUAGUUGUUUAU